AAAACUGGCGAACUUUUUUUUCUUCUGUAAACCCAAACGAAGAGAGUACACGGAAGACUGUGCGUCCGUGCAGCUGUUUGACGAGUGACAGAUCAGGAGGGAUCUCAGGCAUCUGGGCGAGCUGCCAACAAGGAGCAGCCAGGUCUCACUUCCCAAAGCGGCGAGGAGCAUCCAGGUGGAUGCAUACUGUCUUUUUUUUGCGGGAUUAUCGAGCGAAGCACUUACCUUCUUCUCUCUUGCUGUCUUCUCGGUUCGAUGGUUUCAGUUCUGAGUGCCCACCACUGAUUCAUCCUGCAUGCAUGUCGCACACAUAGCAAAGGACAUGGUGGAUAUGGUAGAGGUGAUCAAGAUAGAGCAAGAAGAUGGCACGGCUGUGGCCGGCGCCCAGGAGGAGGGAGGUGCCGAGAAACUCGGCAGACACGAGGAGCAGAUCACAUCCGGGAAGGUGAAGAAGACGAGGAAGCAGAGCGUCUCCGAUCAACAAUGCAAGCGGGCUUGCCUGGACUGCACAAAGAGGUGCGCCCGUGUCCACGGCCGCGCCGCUUCGUCCUCCUCCGACAAGGUUCCGCCGGCGACGCCACCGUCCUUCUUCAAGGUCAUGAUGGGCCACUUCUCUGAAAACAUGGACAUACCGCCGCCAUUUGCCAAGACCAUCGGGGACCUGGCGGGCUCCUAUGUCUACCUCGAAGACGCCUUCGGGCUCCGGUGGCGGGUGCGCCUGUGCUGCUCGCUUGACAACGGCCGCUUGUCGUUCGGGCACGCGUGGAAGAACUUCGUGCUGGACCACGCCGUGGCCGUCGGCGAGUUCCUGGUGUUCACGCACAUCGCCAAGUCAGUCUUCGCCGUGCAGAUCUUUGCUAAGUCGGCCUGUGAAAGACUGUAUCUCUGCGAGAAGAACAAGAGGCAGAGCCGGAAGAGGAAGCCGAGGGAGAAGCCGAGCUCGAUCGGCGAUGGCACGGCGAAAGCGAGCAAAAGGAGCACUAUGGGGAAAGAUAAACGCAGUAAGAAGAAACAGCGUACUGACUGUGAUCUGUUGGAUGACGGUCAAGUUCAGGAUGGUAAAGAUCAAGAAAAUGUGGCGGAUGCAUACACUGAAUCUGAGAAAUGCGAGGGGUCUAGUUUUCUGACAGGCGCGGAACUGAGCACGCCGUUGGCCAUGAUGAAUAUUGACGAUGAGAUCACGGAUGAUAUAUUUCUGACGGCUGAUGCAUACAAAUUCGAAGCUGAUCUCUGUAAUCAAGACACAGAAGCAUUUUCUGUGGAAACGGGUAUGAAUCAUCUCGUUGUUGCCCAUGGCCAAACUUCAGGUUUCAGUUUCAGUUGUGCAGAGCCGAGCUCAUGGAAUUGUGAAUCUUCCGUGGGAGUUUGCCUUGAAAAUAAAGAGAUGGCCGGUCUACCAGUAACAAGUACUGAUGCUGAUAAUGAUCCAGACAACAAAGAGUCACCAGGCAACGAAUUGUCAACAUUUAGAGCAGACAAAUCUUCUUGUGAUAUUGAUGCACAAGUGCCUCCUAGUGAACUUGUAAUCGAGACUUUCAAGAAGGAUGGAGAGUAUUCUUUGUCCCCACCUGGUGACAACCAUAACCCAGUUGAACGAAGACAAGCCACUCGUAUACACGGUGACUUUGUCCCAGAAGCUGCUUCUGCGAAGCAAGAUAUUGAACAACAAAUGCAGGAGGAUCCAGGGCAUAAUGCUGCAGAAAUUAUGCCAGGUGACACAAAUCCUGGUGAACUUUCUGAACUCAAGCAAGGAGAUCCUGCGCAAACUGGCAAAAACCUUGUCCUGAAAAGCGAGUGUCCGAAAACAAACAAUAGAAAGUUCUGCGUCGCGGUGCCCCCACCAGAUCAAACAUGGCUGGAGUUUCCUUGCCGGCUGCCAGUUCUCCCGAGAAGGAAGAAGCAUGGGAGGAAGGUGCUGGUAGUUGAGGAUCCAUGCACGAGACACUGGCCGGUGCUGUACCUGUGCACCCCCAGCUUCAGCGGAUUGGUUACAGGGUGGGCUGACGUCCAUGCGGAGAACGGCCUGAAUGAAGGCGACACCUGUGAGCUCGAGCUCCAUGGUAGCAACUCCAACCUGGCGCUCCGUGUGCGCGUGCCCGGUUCUCAGUAGUAGCCCACUGUUGGCUUGUAAGAUGGCCAGAGGUGAAAACUGAUCUUGUUCUUGUAACUGUAACUGGAUCCUUACUACUAGUAGACAUAUUUAGUCCACUGUCUGGAAGAAAAAAGGGAGGCCCUGAUGUUAGCACUAA